AAAAGAUGUCCGCGGUCCAGAAGGACCGAAGGUGGCCAUAGAAAGUGUCGGUCUGGUCGGGUUCGGCCCGAAGGAAACAAAGAAAUCAUGGCGCCGCGGUGUUUGUAGCAGGAUGGAGGGAGGGGAGGCUGCGGCUUUUUGGGGGAACGAGUGUGGCUAUAGUAAAAGAGUGGCCGCAUGGGUUUUACACAUUACACAUUAUAACUGAGCUGCAGCGUUAUUAAUGCGCAGCUGCUGACUUGCACAGCAGCUCUGUUUAUGUGAAAAUAUCUGCGCCGUUUUCCAUGAAGGCGCCCCUAAAAAGCGUCACAUUUAAUACAUUUCUGUAACUUUCUCAGAUUUAUCACAUCUCUUUUCUCCACUGCUUGGCCUGACAAAUGUCUGGGUGUGUUUUCUGUAGUUAAAUCUACUAUCAGUGUCUUCCCGCACACCGAAAACGUGAACCAAACGUCGGGACCAAACGCCAAAACCGGGGUUUUAAGGUCAGGUCGUAGUUUAAAACAUCCCGGGGACAUGAGCGGUGUGUGUGAGGGGGCGUCGCCCGGCCAUGUGGCUUCAGCUGUCACACGCAGCGCAUCCGAGUGAUUUUUGAAAAGCAGAGGGAGAAAUGUGCAAAGCCAAUCAUGCAGCGGGAGAAGCUACGCACAGUGUGAGAUCACCGAGCUGCGGGAACAGCGCGUUCCGGACCCACUCUCCUCACUUCAGACGCGCUGAUCACCCCAAACCCGGCUCGGGGCAGGAGUAGUGUUUAUAACGAGUCCUUACAGGUGUGUGUGUCUUUGGAAGGUUCAUUAUUUUAGAUUAUAAUAAAACUAAAAGACACUCAGGCGGAUUAUCAAUUAUCUUCAAAGGCCAAAUUAUCAUUAUGCGUCAUAAAUUUAUACUUUUUAAAGGUCUGUCAUAAAAUGUUUAUAAAGCUGCAUAUUUAAUAAUAUUUAUUAUAGCUGUAACCAAAAUGUUAUUGUCACCAUAUAGAGGCUUUCAGUUUACAGCUAAAUCUAUGACAUCACUGUAUUACUUGCUAAUGUGAUCCUUCACUGUAUUUGUUAUUUCAGUUUGUUGAUUCAAAAGGAUGGUUUUAAAACAUUUAUUGAUGAUGUGUAAACAGGAAACACGUCUGUAAUUUCAUUAUAGGCUGAAUAAUGAUGAUGACUGCAAAAGUUGAUAUUCUUCUCUUCUAUUCUAAAACGACACUCCAGUAUCCUACAGAAGAAAUGGGAAUAACAACCUUCACCAGCAAAUAUGGAAAAUUCUAGCGUUGUAAAUUCAUUCUAUAAACAUUUAUUAAAACGUUUUCCUCAUAAAAACUUCAACUGUUUAUCUGACUCAGUCUUGUAGUUGUGCAAAGUACAUUUCUCACUUUGAAAUAACAAACACACUUAAAUGUUAUAACUGAUCUGAACAAACAUAAAUAUUUGGCCUUUUUAUAUUUAUUUACUCACUAAAAAUUACAAAUAACUGAAGCCAUUGUUUAUUUUAUACUUCUAUUGUAAUAGUUUGUAGAAAAUCUUUAUUUUAAUAGAGUGCCUUUUUUUCAAUGCCUCAUUAAUGUGUCAUAUGUGUGCAAACCUGCACUUUAAUUCCCCUGCAUGUGUUUAAAAUGUUUUAUUCUGAGGUGAAUUUUAUUUAAAAGGUUCAACUGUGUGGCUGGAAGUUGCAUUAUUAACAUGGCAAAGUGUCCCCUUGUAUAUUACUAUUACCGUAAUAACUAUACCACAGAGCUUUUGCUAACAGGUCGAUAUAAAAGUGGACAAGAAAAUAAAGUAUUUGUUAUUUGUGCUCAAAGCUACAGAGUUGCUGCAGAUUGACCGAAGAUUGCAGACCCUGGGCCUUUAGCUCACUUUUUAUCCUGCGUUCUCAUUUCUGCACUUUUUAAAACAGCACAGCACUUGAGAGUUUAGCCUCCAGACCAGAAGGAAGUGCAUACAAUUGUUGCUUACUAGUAAGAAUUUAGUGAAUAUUCUUAUUCCAAAGUUUCAUCGUCAGAAAAAUCCAGGGGCCUCAUUCAUCAAACGUUCAUAAAAAUAUUCCUAUAUUGGUUCCUAUGAACGAAAUGUAGAACAUCCGUACGAACGGUCAGAAUCCAGAUUUACGAAACAUGCGAUGGCCGCUCGUACGCACGUUUUUCUGCAAUUGUCUGAUGUUAAAUCCCAACUGUGUGUACCCAGGUGCCUACUGGCUGUGCAGCACCAGGCUAAAGACCAAAGCUUUGCCAAUGAAGAUGGAGUCAGCAGCCGAGGCUCAGCAGGCAGCAGAGACUGCUGUGACUGAGACCGAGAGCCAGCAGAUCUCUCCAGCGCAGAUCGCCACUUUGGCACAGGUGUCCAUGGCAACAGGACAUGCCUCAGCAACAGGUCCCACCGUAACGCUGGUACAGCUUCCCAACGGUCAGACGGUUCAGGUCCACGGUGUCAUCCAGGCUGCACAGCCCUCUGUUAUCCAGUCCCCACAGGUGCAGGCUGUGCAGAUCUCCACCAUAGCUGAAAGUGAAGAUUCACAGGAAUCUGUUGACAGUGUGACCGACUCCCAGAAGCGCAGAGAGAUUCUGUCUCGACGUCCCUCAUACAGAAAAAUCCUGAAUGACCUUUCUUCUGACGCACCGGCGGUCCCUCGCAUCGAGGAGGAGAAGGCUGAGGAGGACUCGUCUGUAGCUGCAGCCACACCUGCCAUCACCACGGUUACCGUCCCCACGCCCAUCUACCAGACCAGCAGUGGCCAGUACAUUGCCAUCACACAGGGCGGUGCCAUUCAGCUGGCCAAUAACGGUACAGAUGGAGUCCAGGGCCUUCAGACUCUGACUAUGACCAACGCUGCAGCUGCUGCCCAACCAGGAACCACCAUCCUGCAGUACGCACAGACCAGCGAUGGCCAGCAGAUACUGGUUCCCAGUAACCAGGUGGUGGUGCAAGCUACCUCCGGUGACGUCCAGGCCUAUCAGAUUCGAGCAGCUCCCGCUAGCACCAUCACUCCUGGAGUGGUCAUGGCAUCCUCACCGGCCCUUCCUACUCAGGGCGCUACAGAGGAGGUCACCAGGAAAAGGGAGGUUCGCCUGAUGAAGAACAGAGAGGCAGCUCGUGAGUGUCGCAGGAAGAAGAAGGAAUAUGUUAAAUGCCUAGAGAACAGAGUGGCUGUCCUUGAGAACCAAAACAAGACACUAAUUGAAGAACUGAAAGCCCUUAAAGACCUUUACUGCCAUAAAUCUGAGUAGAUCUUCCCUCAAACUCCGAUGGGCCAAGUAGUGUUCCAGUGUCCUUCAAAAACUUUGACUGUUUGACCCAGCCCUCCUGGCCUUCCCGUUUACUUUUAGAUGGUUUUUUUUUUGUGUGUGUGAAAGUCACUCUAAUCUAGCUCUUCUCGUUCUCCAGGCUGUCAGUACAAUAACUAAAGAAGAUGCGGCACUGUGCUAUCAUUCAUCAUUGUGUUAUCUUUGGUAAAAAUACCAAGUAAAAGGUGAUGAUUUAAAUCAAAAGUUUCAAAUGAAACAGAAUGCACACAUGGUUUGUAAACCAUUAUAUCCUUAGUCACUGUCGCAGUUUUUCUUUGGAAAAGGUGGCCGGGUCAAAUGAUGCCAACGGAAAUAUUUGAUUCUCAAUUAUCUGGGAAUUGGUCAGCUGGUGUUUGAAUAGUGGUAGGCUUCAUUUCCUUUAUUUUUUAAAACAUUUCACAUCUCAUUCCUUUAAAGUGACAGUGUGUAUUCUCCCUGGCGAUAGGGGGCAGUACAUACCUAAAUCAUUGCAAGCAAGCGGUAUUUUUGUGUUCCAGUAAAACCUUAUUUAUACAUCUGCGUCAGGACGGAGGCGCGCAACGCCAUUACGCGUCGACACAAGAGCCCUCCGACGUGCUCGCAGAGGAAGACAGAGACAUGUUCCAAUAUUUAACUAUCCAUCAAAAGAGAUGGAGAACGCAAGCUUGUGAUUGGUCAGGACUCUUCCUGUAAAUUUGUCAACGGCAAGUGUUUUAUUCGUGGAUGGAAAAGGCAAGAAAUGUGGGUUUAGAGGUGCCGAUCGCAUGAAGAGGUGGGGGGGGGGGGACAGAUCAGUGUUAAAAAGUCUGUGAAAUACAUUAAAAUAAUGUAAACACAGUAGUGAAGUAGUGAAACUUUGCUUUGCACCUGCUUUGAGUGUAUCAGCAGAGCACGGAUCCAUCCAGAACAUUAUUUAAACAGCCAUGAGUGUCUGAGGCAAAAGUCUAGAAGCUCAUAACCUCUUCAGCAAGCUAGAGACAUUUGAUUACACACAAGCUGCAGGUGACCAGUUCAGGUUUACGCGGCGCAGGAGGGAUGUGCGUUCGAGCUGCAGCAGGUGAAAUGUUCCUAAUUUAAGUGAAAUCGAUCAAUUGAAUAUUUCAUGUUACUGGAUCAUUCUGAUCAGCUUGGUUGGACUAAAUAUGAAUUAAAAUGAAUGGAAAUUUAACAAAUGAUUAUUCGUUAUUUUAAAAGUGAAAGUGACGGAGAUAAAUGGAUCAUGUGACCUCUGGCAGCGAGCUGCCUCCUCAGAGUGUGUCCCAACGCAGCAGCAAUUCGUUCCAUCCCCUACUUAUAAGAGAAAGAACCCCAGAAGUUUUUGUUCAGAAAGAAACAUUUUGCUUAAAUAAAAUACCACAACAGUGGGCACCAGAGGGAAACAAAGGCAAGGCUUCUUUUAAACAUUUUAACCGUGUUUAAUAGGGGCCGUUUAUACGUCACUCUACCAAACUACAAAUACAAAAUUAAACAAAAAGAAAAAUAUAAAGUUAUCUUCCAGAAAACAUGUGCUGCGCUUGUAUUUAAAAAAAUCUGUUUUUCUGUGUUCGCAAAUCAGUGCGUGCGUCAUGACGUCACAUGCUCGAAUAAAUCUUCCAUCGUCUUUUUUUGGACUGACGAUUGGCGGUGGGAAAAAUUAUCCAAAUCGCCCAACCCUACUUUCAACCAUCAGGCAUGUUUGUUUUUUUAAUGUUUUUCUUUGUAGCUCAGGCUUGGAUUCCAGAUCAGCUGGUUUUAUUCUUCUGUUUGUGUACUUUUGCUCUCAGACCUGAAGCACUUUGAGUUUCAUUAAGGUUUACUUGUAAAAUGGUUUUAAACUCAUUUUAUAUCCUCAUCAGACUCCUGGGUUUCUGUUUAUUGUCGAACAAUAACAGAAGAUGUUGCUUUUGCGGUUUAUGUUACCUUAUGCUCUGAUUUGCAACAGUUUUUCAACUCAGUAUCAACUUUCAAGGAAGUCCUUGUGAGAAUCCUUCACAUCCUUUGAUAUAAAUAUUAGGGAUGCAUGGAUAUGAAAACUUGGACCAAUCUGAUAUUAAUACUAUUAUUAUGGCUGACUACUGAUAUGUACUAAUGUUACUUAUAUUAUAAAUAUUUCCCUACGCUUUCUCCUGAAACGUGGAAACAAAAUGGAAAUGGCCCUUGGUUGUUCUUAUCGGCCCAGUUUUACGUACUGGACCCAUGUCAUAAAAAUGUUUAAAUUACCUACAUCGUCUAAUAUUUAUAUCGAUAUUGAAACCGACAUAUCAUGCAUCCCUGACAAAUAUUGCGUCAUUUUGAUUUCCUGUGUAAAUGUUUGCCUGAUAAAUGUUCGGUACGUAUGAGAGAACUCUCACUAAAUUCUUUGUCACGUAAUAAUUUGAAUUACUGCUGAGUCACUGAUGCAGUUAAUGCCUUUGGAUGAAUCGUGAAUCUACUUGGUCCCAUCCUGAUGCGAUCCAGUCUGUACAGUCAAAUCAAGAACUAAUUGGGAAUAACUUGUUACUUUUAUAAGUGUUUGUAAAAAUGCUGCCAACUGCCAAUCAUUUAGGACGAACUGCGUGUGAGUGUCAGUAGAUGUUUUGUUAAAUGAAGGAAAUCAUUGGAGUGACGUCCCACUUUUCUAUUCAUUAGUUUUUUGGGAGAUUUUUUCUGCUACUCCAGCAGAUUCUUAUCAAAGCUGAUAGAGACUAAGCUGUAGUAUCUAGUACUACCAAAGGUGGGCUAUAUCAUUUUAGGGUUUUUAACUCAAAUCUUAAUUUUAAUCAUAAAAUGUUUAACUACAGCUUCACUUUUAACUUUUUUUUGGAAUGUACUGCUAAAUGCAAACUUCACCCAGUAGACACAAGAAAAAUUUUCUUUAUUAAAAAAACAAAUCAGCAUUCAGGCUAAAUAAUUUUUAAGCUGCAAUGUAGCAACAUUACAUAAAAUAAAGUGUUGUGGUUCUGUUUCUAUCAACACUAAAUAGCAAUUAACCAGAUAAAACAAUAGCUGCCUUAUGCUAAUAGGUGCUAAAGCUAAUGCAUAACCACAAACAUUAGCUAGUAUAAAUGGGGUGUAAAACACCUGUAUAGUCACGCUAAUAAAACUAAAUUAGACAUAAUCACCCAGUAAACACAUCUUCAUGAUCACUUCUAAUAAACACGCCAUCAUCAUGCGGGAAGUGAUCAGGCUUUGACUGCAUCACAUCUAAAAUGGUCCGAGCAGAAACGGACAUAAAGCAUCUCUUCUCAGUGUUCCUGACAGGAUUUUCCUACAGACAUUUCUACAAUCUCAAGUUCAAAUCAGGGCCUAAUGUUGUCUUACUGCCCACCCCGAACUUUUGCUAGUCACAUAAACAUUUUGCUCCUUGGCAUCAACUCUAAAGUUGUUUUAUUUGGAAACCAGGUUAAACAUUAACGAUACAAAUUUUACAUUAUAUAAUAGAAUAUUCUGUACAGAAGCAGUUUUUCUGAGGGUUUUUAAGCGUCUUGAUGAUUUAAUUGCAAUUUGCAACUUUUUUUUGUGCUACUUGUUUUACUCAUUACAUAAAAUAAAUGAUAAAGUGUAGAAUAGAGUUCAAAGAUUUGAUUUUAGAAGUGAGAUCCAACCUAAAGUCAUUGGUUAUUCACCCCCAAAAACGUUGAUCCGUCUAAAUGAUGGUUUACAUUUCACUCAUUUUAACUUUUUGUUGUUUUCAGUAUUAAUUCUAAUUGUACAAAGCUGGUGACUCAAUGGCAGUAAACAGAGUGUUAUUUUUUAAUCUGUAGUAGGUUGAACUUGUUUCAGGCUAAAUGACUUGAGUAACACAAGUUGUACAUUACAUCGUGUUGAAAAGAGAUGAGUUUAAUGGGACUGAGUGGAGAAAAAAUGUGUAUGUGUCUGUUUAUAUUUUAUAUUACUGUAAAUAAACUCUACAGCAUGUGUAGAACUCACAUAUUACAAUUUAUUUGAUAUGGAAAAAGGUUCUUAUGGACUUUGCAUAUUUGUAAUGUACUGUUAUGUAUAUUUGAAAACGAUGUAUGUGUUUAUUCGUGUCAACAUGCGGGCCUACCAGCGUCAUGGCAGCUAGCAAAUGAGAAAGGCCUGUGUCAGAGUAUGUAAUCUGUUUACGAUCUGAGGUAUUUGUUUGUAGAACAGAUGGUGAAAAGCCCUCAACUUAAACCAGUUGAAUAGUUUUGUUAUCAGGUAAAUAUUUUGUUUCUGUUCUGAACUUUCUAUUUUCAUCUUUCAAGUUCAAAUUGCUCCCAUGCCAAAUGUUUUUCUAUCAUUCAAGUCAACAGAUGAAAGCACAAUGUUGCUGUUUUUUUUUUCAUUAUAGCAUAUAAAUUAAACAUGUACUUUAAUUACAUUUACUUUGUAACCCUACAUGAUAUUUUUACUAUUGACAUGAGUUCCAGUGGUUUCGUACAAGUCUGGCUCACCCUCUCCACGUCUAUAAUUCAACUAUUCACAAAUGUUUGGCUUCCCACGGGAAAAACAAAUGAUUGGUGUGGAAAUUUUUCAAAUUCAGCAGUUAAACCCAGUGAUGACUUGUUAACUUUGGAAAUAUAGUUCUAGUUUGGACAAUUUUUAAUUCCAUCUGUUUGUUGCAUCUGUUAAACUAGUCGACACACAAACAUAACGAAAUAUGGAACGUCAGUCGUGAUGAUGUUUGUGUAAAAUAAUUUAAUGUAUUUUUACUUGUCAUGCUAUUUCUAUUAAAAAUAUGUUGAAACAAACCUGGGUUUCUCAAGGUUCUUAAGAACCAAAAUAUCUCAUUAACAACCUUUUUAUGUAUUAUUUUCCCCUAAAAGCUCCAUUUGUUCCUGAUUUAAACUUACUUAGUUUUAAUGUGUAUAUUUGUGGGAGCACAUAAAGGUGCUUAAACAAAUGGUCUCCGGUUUGGUAUAUGAGAAUCAGACUUUUAGGAUCAACUCCAUCAAUCAAUUUGACCAAGUUCCUGGUAGAGAGUAAAACAGUUUCUACCCCACAAACAGUGCUGGUGCUUAUAAAAAUCAAGCUAUAAUCAGUUGAUCUGGGAGUAGUUUGGUACAUUUGUUUAAUAACGUGUUAACCAUACAGUGUUUUGGUUUCAGUACUAGAAUAGUUCCUACCCACAGACCCAUUGUAAUCAGUUUUUUGCUGAACUUUUUUUUUCUUUACAAGUAUGAACACAGUUGCCAUUAAUUAUAUUCUCUAAGGUCUCUGUUUUACCACUGUUCAGUUUUAACAUCAUACCUACACCUGAUUUCAAAGUAUUGAUACUCUGAAACUUCAGUCUUUUGUAAACAAUUCAAAUGUGUCAAUAAACUGCUCUUUAAUAUU